AUGUGGGGAGUCCGUCUAGGAAAUCAACAGACAGGCCCUCAAUUUGUCCAACCACUGCCUGGAAAUGUUGGGGAAAUUGAAGAGAACACUGCGUUGCAUCUAGAAUGUAAAGUCGAGCCAUUCCACGACGAUUCUUUGCAAAUUUUUUGGCUUCACAACGGAAGACCGCUAAAUCAUGGUGGGUAAAAUACGAGGUCCUUUUUUAUGGUCGUAAAAUAAUUUUAGGCCAUCGGUUUCGGACUUUUCAUGAUUUCGGCUUAGUGACGUUGGAUAUUCUCCAUGUUUAUGCCGAGGACAGUGGGACGUUCACGUGUGUGGCGGAGAAUUCGAAUGGCCGAGCCGAGACUUCGACCGAUUUUUAUUGUCAUCGUAAGUGAGGCGAGAAAGCUAUACGCGGAAAUAUUUAUAACGAGAUUUUUUAACUGCUUUUUUCGUUCCAGCCAAGGACUCAAUCAUGGAUCAAACACAACUUCCGACGAGUGUAGCGAGGAUUCAGGAGCUUGAAGCGCCCAAAGGCCCAAUGCAGGAAGAGGAGCCGGAGAUUGUUUAUAAUCCAGCCAAUUUCAUCAAGCCACUCCAAGGCUCGAUUCAAGCGAAUGAAGGGGAAAGCGUGUUUUUGGAGGCAAAAGCCGGCCCAGUCGAGGAUAACACUUUGGCUGUAAGUGGCAAAGAGCAUUCGGCGUAUUUUAAACUAGGAGGGCAGUUACUCCAAAUGCGACGCUCGGAUUUCGAUGAAACGUGGCGCUAAUUUCGAAUGACUAUUUUCUAAAGCAGCGGAUCUGAUCCACUGCCAAAAACGUACCAUUUUGAAGUAUCAGAAAUGUGGCAAAAUGCUUCCCUCUUCAAGUGAAAAAACUUCGUUUUGAAGGGCUUCCCUCACAAAAAGAGCGGGCACGUUUUUUCGGAGACUUUUCACUUGGAGAGGGAGGCAUUUUGCUACAUUUCUUGAUACUUUCCGGGUGCAAAAUGGUAAGUUUUUUUUGCCACUGGAUCAGGUCCGCCACUGUAAAACAAGCACGAGAUAUCUAGCUUGCGCUUUGCAGAAGCGACCGAGAUUUUUAGGUCGAAAAUCUGGAAAUAUGCGGCACUUUUUUGGCAAAUUUUGGAAUGAAAAUUUUCAUGCUUAUUUCUACUGUAGACGCUAAUAUUUCCCACAAAAAUACUUUGUUCCGCUCGAAACUGGCCAAGUUAUGGUUUAAAACUGUUUUUCUCUGAUCACUCUAUGGGUUUCGCAUAAUCUUUUGGCCAAAAAGAUCGUUGAAUAUCUCGGCUGCGCCUGCAAAAUGCGAGCUAGAAUUUUCAUGUUUUGUUAUGUGGCCUAUAACCGUCAUGUGUGCAAACUUUAAGGAAAAUAUAAGAGUUGCACUUGGGGUACUUUUGUUGUCAGAAAACUGUUGUCUAACUUUAUUCCCGUCAUGAUUUAUACAUAUAUACAUGAAUCUUUUGAACUUUUUCCGAACCUUUCUUCCAGCACGAAUGGUACUUCAACAACCGGCCCUUAAUGCACGCUAAUCGUUUCGUCACUGCUCAAGAAUUUGGCGUCAUCACCAUGAACAUCCUCUACUUGUAUCCCGAGGACACUGGGACCUACACUUUGCUCAUCCGAAACGCCACUGGCCAAGCGCAAAGUAGUGUUGAUAUUAAGGUCGCCGGAAAUGGAUCGAUGUUUAUCAACACGUUCCAUCCGAAAUCAGUCAAUCGGAUCAACGAAUUGGAGGCGCCAAAGCCAUUGCCAGAAGAGGUGCCGGAGGCGGAAAAGAAACAACCGGCGAUUACCAAGAAACUGAACAGUGUUCCCGCUUGCAACGAGGGCGACUCGGCCCACUUUGAGGCCAAGUACACUCCAACUGAUGACAAUCAAGUCAGCGUAGAAUGGCUUUUUAAUGGACGGCCGAUCAAGGUAGGAACUUGUACAUAAAAAAGUGAAUUUCUUGGAAUGGAAAGGAGACUUGAAAAAAAGUGAUGCAAAGGGAAUAGAAAAAAAUAGGACAUCAAAAAAUUUGGGGGCAAAAAAUUUAAAAAUUUAAAUUUUCAAAAACUGAUGUUCGGAUUAUGCCCAAAUUUGGAAUAUAUCAUCUAAAUGAACUUCAGAUCAAUCACUGAAAUUUUCAGCUCAGGAUUUACUUUCUUAGCCAAGAUAUUCAACAGACUUUUUUUCGAGACAGCACAGAAAAUGAGGAGAGACGAACAGAAAAAAAAGUUUUGGCUUUAUCCCUGCGAAAUUUUCAAGAAAAUUUUGAUUUUGUAGUAAAAAUAUUACUUAACACUUUUAAUUACAGUGCCGGACCUGAUCCAGUGGCAAAAAACGUACCAUUUGGCAUCCAGGAAGCAUCAAAAAUCUGGCAAAAUGCUUCCCUCUUCAAGUGAAAAAACUUCGUUUUGAAGGGCUUCCCUCACAAAAAGAGCGGGCGCACUUUUGAAUUCGGAGUUUUUUUCACUUGGAGAGGGAAGCAUUUUGCCACAUUUUUGAUACUUCCCUGAUGCAAAAUGAUACGUUUUUUGCCACUGGAUCAGGUCUUCAAGUCGGUCGUGGCGAUGCGACUUUCAAUGCGACAUAGUGAUCAUUAUUUUCCCAACAGACUUGAUAGCAAAAGCAUUUUUUUAACUGCGAUUGCCCUAUUUCGAGUAGCUGUUUUCCAAUCAAGAAAUCCUAAUUUUUCAGCAUUCAAACCGCCAUCGGAUGAUCAAUGAUUUUGGCAAUGUUUCGUUGGACAUCAAUUACUUGUUUAUCGAAGAUUCUGGAGAAUACACUCUUAUAGUCAAGAAUAGGAAAGGCCAAGCUCAAACCUCAACCAAACUUCAAGUCAACGGCAGUGAGAGGAUCUUGGACAACACUAUGCAUCCAAAGAGUUUGCCGAGGAUCCAACAACUCGAAAUGCCUCCACCUUUGCCAGAGGAAAAGCCGGAAAAGCCGGAGGAGCCUCCGAAAUUCAAACGGGCUCUUCAGUUGGUGGUUACUUCACAGGUAAGUUGAGCAUACCGAGGAAUAAACAAGUUUAGUCAAGCAGAACGAGGUUUCAAAUUGUGAUUUCGGCGAGAUGCACAGCAAGAAAUCAAUAGCUUGAUUUUCACUGUGCAAUUUUCAAUAUGCUUCUUUGAGCUCGCAUCCUGACUUUCUCUGAACGGUAAAAAAGCCAAAAAUUACGCCAGCGACUUUACCAAUGGACUAAUAUCGGCGAAGGCACCCAAAAAACAUAUUUUUUCUUAAUGUUCUCAAAGUUAACACGCGUUUUCUAACAAGCGAAUGGUCCCAUUUGCGACGCUCAGAUUUUCUUCAAAUUGUGACACUUCGGGCAUAGACCACAUAUGAAGUCAUGAAAAUUUUAGCUCUUGCUUUGCAGGCGGAGAUUACAAAAAAAAAAUCGAGCAAUUUACUGUAAAACCAUUACUAUAUUUUCUCAUGAAAAGUCUCAUUUUUAAAAUACGUCGGGUCAAGCAUUUGCUUCCGAUUAGAAAUUUCCUUCUUCUCUUACAGGACGGAAAUCGCUCUUCUCAAGCGAUCCAAGAAGGAGAUGACGUCAAAAUCGACUGCACUGUUUCUCCAAUUACUGACAAUCAACUUCGCGUUGAAUGGUACUUCAACGGGCAGCCGUUACUCCACAGCAACCGGAUCAGAAUCACCAAUGACCUUGGCUAUGUUGCGCUGCAGUUUCCGCAUAUUUGCGCUCGCGACAGUGGGAACUACAUAUGUCGGGCGAUCAGCCCUUGCGGAAGUGCUGAAGCCAGCAUCAGCGUGGACGUGAAGCCCGCGGCCAACAUGCUGUUGGAGACUCAGCAUGAGAAGUCGUGGAAAGAGAUAUUUGAGAUGGAGAAUCGAAUCGUCGAAAGGCCGGAGACGCCUGAGGCCAAGUACGAGGCUCCUCGUUUCUCGCAGAACUUGAGCAACGUUGACAGUGCUGUUGAAGGCGAUACAAUUCGGCUGGAAUGCCGGCUAAAGCCCGUUGACGACCCGAGUCUGGUUGUUUUUUGGACCUUCAACGGAAAUCCGUUAUUUGAAGCCAACAGAUUCAGACAUCAUCAAAGCUUGGAUCUAGUGGAGUUAGAGAUUUCUAAAGCGGUGGCUGAAGACUCAGGGAGAUAUGAGUGUCAUGCGACAAGUGCUAAUGGACAAAGCUCAACAGGAUGUGAGGUGAAAGUGAAGGCAACGGAGAGCUUGUUGUUGAAGUAAGUGGGAAAUUUAUGCUCGAAAAAAAUGUUGUGGGAUAUUUUACAUAGGCUGCGAACCAAUUUUCAAAAGUUUUCGUUAGCGCUUUCAAUAGGGAACUGGAGAUAUUGAACCACCUUUAGAGAUCAUAGAGAAGGAAGAGAGGCGGUUAGAGAAACUCAAAAAACAAUUUAUUUUUCAGCCCUAUCUGCUGAAUCUUUUGCAAAUUGACGCCCAUUACACGUCGAUCCAGCAAAUUUCCUGAGCCGUUUAGACGUUUCGUCAACGCACUAUCGAUUAACCCAAGGAUUUUAGAAAUCAAAAUUUUUUCUGAAGAAUCUUUGGAGGGGGAAAUUGUUCUUGAAACGUCGAGAAAAAUUUGGAACCAUAAUUUUUAACCAAAAAUCAGAGAAGUUAUGGUAGAAAAACUCCUUAUUCGACGUACAUUCUCAAAAAAAGAUCGUUAAAUGUCUCUACUGUCCAUAAAAAUCAAGCUAGAAUUUACAGGAACUGGAGACCAGCUUAGAUUGAGUGUGCAAAAAUAUUAAAAAAGAAAAAGUCUUGUGGCAACUUGUUUAUGUAUUAUUUCAGCACCCAAAAUGAGCGGACCUGGAGCAAAAUCCAACAGCUCGAAAUCACCGAUGAGCUUCCCGAACCGCCCGAAAAGCCAUUCUCCGCUCCAAAAUUCUCUCAAAAUCUUGAAUCCGUCAAAUUAAAAGAAGGUGAAACUAUCCUUUUGUCUACUCGCAUAUCUCCCCACGACGAUCCUAAUCUCUCAAUAGUCUGGCUAAAAGACGGUCAGCCCGUUUUCAGCAGUAAUCGGGUCCACCAACUGUUCGAAUUUGGCCUUGUAGGACUGGAAAUUGUUCAUUCCAUCCAAAACGACGCUGGAAAUUACACUGUUGUCGCGAAGAAUGCCGCAGGACAAGUUCAAUUGUCAGCCAAAGUGGAGGUUGAAGGGAAUGAAAGCAUCUUGGCGGACGUUCAACAUGAAUUGAGUUGGAGGAAAAUUCGGGAAUUAGAGGCGCCAAAAAUGACGUUGGAAGAGAUCCCGGAGAAAAAGCACAACCCUCCGCAAUUCUGGAGCCAACUUCAGAGCAUUAAAGACGCGGUGGAAGGCGAGACUGUCAAAUUGGAAGCAAAAGUCAAGCCAAUUGAUGAUCCCAACUUGGUUAUUACAUGGUAUCAUAAUGAUCAAGUUUUGGGAGCCAGUAAUCGGUUUGUGACCAGGAAUGAGUUUGGCCACAUUUCGUUGGAGAUUUUGUAUGUUAUGGAGCAGGUGAGGAAGAAAUUUUGUUUAUUACAAGAUGUAUGAGAUCGACGUAUUUUAAAAUUAAGAAAUUUUUUAUUUUUAUUAAAGCGGUAGUCCAACUACACUGCUCGACAAAAUUAUAAAUGCACUUCUAAAAUCACUGUAACUUUUGUGGUUUUCUGUAAAACUGUGCCAUAUUUGGCCCAAAUGUGUACCAGUGUACUAUAAAUCUUGUGCCAAAAAAUUAUUUUGAAAAGUUUCCACAAUUUGGAAAAAGGUUGAAAAAACCGAAAUUUUGGAAAUUUUCUUUGCGACAAAAUUAUAAAUUCACGCAAUAUUUUGCAAUUUUCUUGCCGUUGGCGCUGAAGCAAAGUAAGUUAUUUGGCUUAGUGGUUUCCUUAGGUGUCCUUCUGGCAUGCUACGAGAAAAAACAGUGACAGAAUUUGAAAAAGGCGGAAUUACGACCCUGAAACCGCAAUGACCUCGGGUUUGCCAGAUUUCGGCUCAGGUAGGCCGUUCAGCCGAAGUUGUGAAGAACUACUUGGCUCAUCCGGAAGCCUUCAACACGUCUAAACGUUCUGGCAAAAAAGGUUUACCACCGCGGCAGAAUUAAGGCAGAGAAAUCCGCUGAGCUUCCAACUACACCAUCUCUGGGUCUCAUAUAGAGCAAGAAAAAGGUCUCACUUGUAGCAGGAUAGCUAUGCUGAGAGCACUAAGACGCAGCGAUGUCAUCACUGGACAUCAUAUGAAGUCGUGCCCCAAGUUGGCCCAGGUUCGGUUAGCGCGCGACUGAAACUGGCCAAGGUAAUUUUGACAAAACAGGUUGAGUAGUCAAGGGUCAAUUUCCCAGCGUUGCAGUACCGAAUUCCUUGCAGAUUGCAUGGUUAGACGAUGUCCCCGACGGUUUUCCACAUAGGACAUAUCACUGUCAUUACAUCAGAAGAGAACCGCGUUACUUCUUGUGCCGUAAUGUUGGAGGAUCUGUUUUGUCAAAAUUACCUUGGCCAGUUUCAGUCGCGCGCUAACCGAACCUGGGCCAACUUGGGGCACGACUUCAUAUGAUGUCCAGUGAUGACAUCGCUGCGUCUUAGUGCCCUCAGCAUAGCUAUCCUGCUACAAUUGAGUCCUUUUUCUUGCUCUAUAUGAGACCCAGAGAUGGUGUAGUUGGAAGCUCAGCGGAUUUCUCUGCCUUAAUUCUGCCGCGGUGGUAAACCUUUUUUGCCAGAACGGUUAGACGUGUUGAAGGCUUCCGGAUGAGCCAAGUAGUUCUUCACAACUUCGGCUGAACGGCCUACCUGAGCCGAAAUCUGGCAAACCCGAGGUCAUUGCGGUUUCAGGGUCGUAAUUCCGCCUUUUUCAAAUUCUGUCACUGUUUUUUCUCGUAGCAUGCCAGAAGGACACCUAAGGAAACCACUAAGCCAAAUAACUUACUUUGCUUCAGCACCAACGGCAAGAAAAUUGCAAAAUAUUGCGUGAAUUUAUAAUUUUGUCGCAAAGAAAAUCUCCAAAAUUUCGGUUUUUUCAACUUUUUUCCAAAUUGUGGAAACUUUUCAAAACAAUUUUUUGGCACAAGAUUUAUAGUACACUGGUACACAUUGGGGCCGAAUAUGGCACAGUUUUAUUGAAAACCACAAAAGUUACAGCGAUUUUAAAAGUGUAUUUAUAAUUUUGGCGAGCAGUGUAUACUCCGCGUAAAAAGUUUUAACCCCCUCCUAACUUGGCCUAAUGUAUACCAGUUUGGACCAAAUUUGGUAUAGUGAGGGAACUGAUCCAGUCGCAAAAAACGUAGCAUUUUGCAUCCGUGAAGUAUAAAAAAUGUGGCAAAAUACCUCCAUCACCAAGUGAAAAAACUCAGCUUUCAAAAACGCGCCCGCUCUUUUUGUGAGGGAAAGGGCGCGCCCUUCAAAACGAAGUUUUUUUUAAUUGUAGAGAGAAGCAUUUUGCCACAUUUUUGAUACUUCCCGGAUGAAAAAUGAUACGUUUUUGCCACUGGAUCACGUCUGUAUUAAAUUUUUCUGUUAGGGCGCGCCCCUUCAAACCGAAAUUUUUUCACUUGGAGAGCAAAGCAUUUUGCCAUGUUUUUUAUGCUUCCCAGAUGCAAAAUGGUGCGUUUUUUGCCAUUGGAUCAGGUCGCUCACAGUGUGUAGCCUACUCGCAGCCUAGUAACAAAAAUAACGUUGCAGGACGAUCCCUAUAGUCGUAUUUCAAAGCUCAGGGGCAAUUUUCAAAAAUUACCUUAAAAAAUCGAGGAAAAAGUUUUGACCAUCCAUUAAAAAAAGUUAAAUCUCGCUUGCGGAUGCAGCCCAAACCUUCCGCAGUCUACGUCCCAUACCUGAAUACAGGUUAACAAACGGUUGUCCGUUGCAUUCAACGCGUUAAACCACUCUUGACGUAGUGCUGUAUAAAAUGAUAAAAAUAUUGCCCUAGCGCUUUCCCAGAGCUCUAAAUUGUGUUUCAACUUGAAGCAUUGCAUUUAAAGAAAUUGUAGCAACCCCGUAUUUUACCCAAAACCCCCUAUUUUCAGGACGCCGGAACUUAUCGCUGCGUGGCCACAAAUCAGCAGGGCCAAGCCUCAUCCGAAGCCACGGUGGAAUGCAAACUGAACCCCGCAAUCUGGUCGCAAACUCAACAUGAAAAGGCGCUGAAGAAGAUUCAAGAAUUGGAAGCGCCCAAGCCAGAGAAGCCGGAAAUUGAGCCGGUUUAUUUGGUGGCGCCCAAAAGAAUGAACUGUUUUAUGAGGAAGAAUUAUUAGUUCGGACGGAUUUGUAAUUGUUUGUGAUGAUUUUUUUUUUGUUUUUUUUUUUACUUUUUUUACUUUUUGACAGAUUAUAAACAUGACAGAUAUGCGUAUAUACACACACAAAAACUAAGGUAAUGAUAAAGCCAAGUGUUUUUGAAAAUUUCCAUAAAAUUUGUAGUUCAAGAAACGGAGCUACAAGCAAGCAAAGACCGAUUUGAAGCUUUUUCGUGCAAAAUUGUCGGAGCUAUGGCCGGAAAGCGUUAAUCUCCCCGCCCUUCCCUUUCUUCGCAUUUUGCCCACUAUCUUGUCAAAAAUAAGUGUUAAACGGGAGCUAUGUACUGAAUAACCGGAAUAAUGAUAAGGCCAAGAGUUUCUAAAAAGAUUUCUGGGACUUGCAGUUCAAAAGCAAAAAAAAAUUUUUUUUAAUGAAGUGAGGAGCAAUUUAAGGGUCGAAAUAUCUCCCAAUUAUUUCUUACUUGUCUCCGUAGCAAAAAAUCUGUGUCAACAGUUGCAAAAAAGAUCAAUAUGUACAACAUCUGCCUAUCAGUCUGUCGGGAAAAUCAUGUCGCUGAAGAGUGUUUUCAUUUUAUUGUAAAAUACGACCCCUUGGACUUCGACCAUGUUCUUUGUGCUUUUCAGACCUACCUUAUCCAUCAAGACGCAAAAAAUGUUUCUAAUGGAUCCUGAAAAGCAAUUUGAUUUUACCGCGACACAGUUAAUUUUCCCGGCGGCGAUGUGAUCCUAGAUGCGACGAAGCGCUUAUUAUUUUCCCGACAGACUGAUAUCUCUAAUGUAUUAUAUUAUAAUUCAAUUGUAUCGCACUUUUUUGUAACCAUUGUGUUUUGUCGCUUCAAAACUCAGACCAAAACUUUUAAGUAAACGUGAUUGUCAAAAAAGUUCGACGGCCCCUCGAGCUUCGGAAAUCCCAUAUUUUCGUGAAACACAAAAGGGAUUUAGUUUCAGCGGACAUCACAAAUCGUUUGUUAGUUUCAGAAACGUUGCUUUGUUUUUGUUCCAUUGCAACAAAAACAAUGAAAAAAUUAUUGCUAAUAUGUUUUCUGUCUAACUCAUUUUUGGCCCUAAAAUCGGAUGAUAUUUCAAACUCGACCGAAGAAAUUUGGGCCGAGAUAAUAACUGGCCAACCAGAGCCCUCGUUUCCUUUUGAAUUCGCCAAAAAUUCAACGGAAAGUUCAGCUUCGACUGCAAAAAUAUCAAAAAAUUCGGGUCAAUUAGCAGUAUCCACAACAACAUCGGCGUCUUCAGAAGUGACCGUUCCAGGGUUUCCAACUACCAAAGAUUAUUUUGAGCUGGCGAAUCAGACGCUGGAAGACUUCAAAAGGCUGGUCUAUGCCGAUGAAGCCACGGAAUUCCCCGAAUUGGAGAGGGAAAAUGAUGACGCAACGAUCCGAUUGAGAGAAAGUCCAUUUCCGGAGGCCAAGGAGAAGAUCAUGUUUGGGAAAUCGACAAUAAAUGUGAGCUUAUAUUUUGUCUGUGAUAGGAUUUAUUUUCAAACGGUUAAUCGAGAUUUUUGGGUCAAAAUUAGGCCAAAAAAAUGACGGUUUUUUGCCAUUUUUGGGAUUAAAAAGAUACACGCCUAUUCCUACCGUAGAGUACAACCUUUCCACAAAAAAAAUAAUUUUUUUCCCUUGAGAUUUACAAAGAUAUGACAAAAAGGUUUCUCCCAGUGACCGCUCUCCGCAUUUCCCAUACUGUUUCGGCAGCAAAGUUUUGUGAAUAUCUCGGCUGUCUCCGCAAUGUGAGAACCAAAAUCUUCAGGGAUUGAUUUGUGGUCUAUGACCGGUAUUUGUGCAAAAUUUAAAAAAAAUCUGAGCGUCGCACUUUGGGUACUUCCCUUGUAAAUUUUGAUUUUUUUUUUGAUAUUGGCUGGCUAACUGCAGUUUCACUUCUACCGUAAAACAUAAUAUGUAAAUUCCCGUGUACCUACACAGAACAGCCUUUUCUGCAUAUUUAUGUCCAUUUGGAAAAGAUACGGCCAAAACCCUCUUUUUCCCUCACAAAUGGCUCGGCAAAACCUCAUCACCUAGUUUCUUUUUGAAACAUAUACCAUUUGAAAGAGCGCAAAAAACUGGUUCAAGAUCACCUUUAAUUAGCUGCUCAGACUCUUUUACGUGCUGUCUCAGACUGCUCACAAUAUCUCUCGUUGAAACUCUUUCAGGCCCCUCCAUCCAAACUUAUCAAGCUUAUAAUUCCCUGGGAGCCAUACCGUCUCCAAUGGGACCAUGAAUUGUACGAGAAAUUUGAUGUCAUCAAAGCGCUGGACAACACUGUAAGAGCCUUUUUUUAUUGUAAAAUACGCAUUGUUUAAAUUUGUCUAAUAUCUAUGAUUUUUGAGCUUUGCAGACCUACCUCAUCCAUCAAGUGACAAAAAAGAUGUUUCUAAUGGACCCGCGCGACUCAAUCAGUGUUUAUAAGGUGAGAAUUCGAUAUUCUGCAAACAAUUUAGCUGUAUUUUAGGAGGAAACUUUUGAAAACGGCUCAAUAAUUAUGGUGACUCAAUCAACUUCCCAUCCCGAUUACCCGGAAGUUGAUGGGAUCAAGAGAACUUCUCAAAGACUCAGCGGAUAUCUGAUUGAACCGAGCAAAAGCAACAAUCAAAGCUCUGAUAUUAAGGUACGGUCUUAUCGGUCUGUCGGGAAAAUAAUGAGCCCUCAGUCGCAGUGAAAAUCGCAUCGCCGCCGAGAAAAUUAAAUGUGUCGCGGCAAAAUCAAAGUGCUUUUCACUUCAGCGAUUGGCGCAGCGACAUUGCGCUCAUUAUUUUCCCGACAGCCUAAUAAUAAAAAUUACAAAUGUUACAAAUAUUUUGCGUUGUGUUUAGGUAAUCAUCGCCACGGAUCUGAACCUCCCAGUCCCCAGCUUCUUCUCGUCUGUGGUCGAGAAAUUUAAGCCCGGCCAGUUUGAAAAGUUCUUCCAACGACUGAAAGAAGCGACCACUCAAGUAAAUGUGAAUUGA